AUGGUUGAACUGCGGGAGCUGGUUGAGCGACGUCGCGAGGAAGAGGCCAGGGAGGAAGUGAUGGAUGUGACCAAGCAGGAUGGUUUGGGUGGAUUUUACCGCUACAUGUUCCAACAGAAGACAGCUUCUCAACGUACGCAUUCUCCAACAUCUACUGCUUUCGAGGCUACGAAACUACAAACCGGUAGUACGGACAAGGAUGCUAAAGUGAAAAGUCCAACAACUCGCAGUCGAAGUCCUCCACCGCGACGCAGAGGAGACGAUAAGCCACGACAAAACGAGCACAGGGAACGUGGGGGUAAUGGGUACUCCCCCUCGUCCUCCCAACGUCACAGCCACCGUUAUAGGCGUAGUAGUAGCAAAGAACGAACUUCUCAUCGAGAUCAGCGUCGUCGCUCCAACAGUCGGUCCCAUCAUUCACAUCAUCAUGAUGUUGGGAGGCGUCAGGAGGACAGUAGAAGGGGAGAAAGAGACAGGAGUUCAACUGAGGCAUCAUCAGUGAAGAAGGAAGGAGGGGGAUGGCGGACGUCUGCUGGACUACCAACUUCGAAGCUACCGCCUCCACCACCAGGUUUUAUCCACGCGAAGCCGCGCAAAACUACAGAGAAGGAGGUGGAGGCCGCUCAUCAACGCUUCCUGGCGCGCAAAGCUGCUGGUCUCAACAAACCCACUGUUGUGGACUCUGAUGACGAGACUUAG